AGUGGGUCGGGUCUGUGUUUACUUCCGGACUCCGAUUUAGACUUCGCUCAGAGAGCAGCAGCUCCAGUGGAGGUUCAGGCUGUCAGCUAGCACGGUAGCCAUACAAGGCUUCAUGACAGAGGUUACGGGGUUGACCAGCGGCACCCCAACAGACGAGCCUCACUCGGCGCCACUGCACACCGGACACCGCGACGCCGGGCAGACCCACACCGCUGUCCCCGCUCUCCUCCGCUUGCCUUCGUGCUCAAAGUCACUCAAUGCUGCGCUCCCGCUACCAGCUAACAGACUGAUCUGACUGUGUUCCUGCCACUUCAUGAUCCGAGGCUAGCCGAGGAUCAAAACAAGGACAAUCGCUCAAAGUUCAAGCGGUGUUUGCAUUUGACCGGCCGGGAUCCGGCAGCUGGGAGAGACACGGGCCCCGGGGACAGCGACGGGACUCGGGGGUCCAGGCAGCCAGGGCAGCGAGGGUGGUGGCUGGAUAGACUAGGGGGUCGCCUCCAGCUCCUGGUGGAUUUAUCCCCUGUCAGCUAACGUUAGCUAAACUAGCUACAAACAGCACCAUGGACUGGUUAAUGGGGAAGUCAAAGACGAAGCCAAAUGGAAAGAAGCCUCCGGCAGAAGAGAAGAAGCAGUACUUGGAGCCAGAGUUCACAAAAAUCCGUGUGGUGGACUUUGACCUCAAGGAGCUGGUGGUGCUGCCCAGAGAGAUAGACCUCAACGAAUGGCUAGCAAGCAACACAACAACAUUCUUCAACCUUAUCAACCUGCAGUACAGCACCAUCUCAGAGUUCUGCACUGGGGACACCUGUCAAGCCAUGACGGCCUGCAACACAAUAUACUACUGGUAUGACGAGAGGGGGAAGAAGACGAAGUGCACUGCUCCACAAUAUGUCGACUUUGUAAUGAGUCUUUGUCAGAAACUGGUCACAGAUGAGGAAAUCUUUCCCACAAAAUACGGCAAAGAGUUCCCCAACUCCUUUGAGUCCUUGGUAAAGAAGAUCUGCCGGUACCUGUUCCAUGUGCUGGCUCACCUCUACUGGGCGCACUUUAAAGAGACGGUGGCUCUGGACCUGCAGGGCCACUUGAACACUCUGUAUGCACAUUUCAUCGUUUUCGUAAGGGAAUUCAACCUGGUCGACCCCAAGGAGACCUGUAUCAUGGACGACCUGUCCGAAAUCCUCUGCACCCCUGCCCCGCCGCCCGCACCUGCCCCAGCCCCCUCCACCCCAGCCUCCGCGCCCUCCCCCUCUUCACAAAACCACGUGACGGAGAGAUGAGCAGGGGGACGGCGGCGAGACAGCAGCCCUGGGGGUGAUAGAAGAUAAGAUAGAGGAGAAGAAGAAGGAAAGACAGCCUGGCCCCCUUCCUCGGUGCCAGCAGGACUUUAAAGAGACCUUCCACUACCCUUAUAUUUCGCUACACCACCAACCAACCAGCCGGAAGGAAGGGGGGGAGGGUUUUCGGGAGGGGGGUUUUGGUGGCGGGGAGGGGUUUGUCACGCCAGCAGGAAUUGGCGUGAGCGUUCCUCCCAGGGGCAAAUCCCUCCCAUCUUCUCUGCAAUUUAAACUAGGAACAAAAAAGUAUGUGUAUGUUUUCUUUUUUUGGUUUUAUUUCUUUUUUUUUUUUUCUUUUUUGAAGUUUUAUUCAGUUUUAUUUUUUGUGGGGGGGAGGGGCGGGGUGGUUUGGGAGGUGGGAUUGGGGUGUAGGGUGGGGGGUGAGGGGGGUGCAGCAUGUCUGUCGGCCCUUUGCCCCCCUCUAUCCUCUGCCUAACAUAACAGUACAGGAAGGGGGCUCUGCUUUGCUUUGACCUACUAUUGUACAGUGUUUGUUGAUGUGUGGAGAAGAGGCAUCUCUGCUCACCUGCGGGCUCGUCCGUCCCUCCGUCCCUCCCAUGUGCAGCAGCGGCGGCAGGAGGCGGGCCCGCAGGCGCACAGCCACUGCGCUGGCCAGUAGGGAGCCACGUUACUGCCUGACGGGGCGAUACUAGCCAAUCACUGUUUGGGUUGUUUAUGUCGGGGAUGAUUUAAAGCGCUUCCUACUCAGGACCUGAGAGAAUACGUCACUGCUGCCAGAGAGAAGUUACUCUCUCUUUCUUUUCCAUUCUCUGUCCCUUGUUCUCCAGACUGCUCAGCCCUCCGUAUGACAGAUCGUGUUUUAACUACAGUAUAGUCACAUAAUCACCUGGUGUGCCCUAACAAACAUGUCCCAGAGCUUACCUAUAGAGGGCAGCAAAGACGUAGAGAACGCCACAGGAACAGAGGAGACAGAGAAGAAAACAUAAAGAUUGUAUGUUAGAUCUUAAAUCUGAUCAGAGUGGAUGCUUUUGAGACAGACUGGUGUCCAUCAUGCGGCUGAAUCGGAGCUGUUUCCCGGCGUUCAGCACAGCAGCAGCCCCUUAAACCACCACCACCACCACCACCACCCACUCCAGCAGCACAGAAGGACAAAGACAUGAGGUAAUGUCUGCAGGCCCACAGAGGCAGAGAGGUGGAAAUGGAGAGAGGGGUGAGAGUGAUGGGGGUGGAGCUGCUCUGCUGUUUAACAGACACCAGUAACUCCCAGUGCAAAACUAAAAAUCUUCUGGUUUUUUGUUUUUUUAUCUGUCCCUUUAAAUUUGCUGUUUGAAAAGAUUAUCAGAGGAGAAUUAGUUCAGAAAUAAUAACAAUAAUGGUAUCAUUACUCGUGUAUAGAAAAUGCACAGUCUGCUUGGACUUUACUGUACAAAGAAUCGCAAGCGGGUUCUGUCAGACAUAGCCUCUGUAUGGAGGAGGAUGGGUUUAUAAUUCUCCUUUUUUUUAAUUUAUUUUAAUUCUUUUUUUUUUGCAGGGUUCUUCAGUUCUGGCUCUCGUUUUUAUGUAUUUUAAUUAUUAACUAAGUUAAAAGCAAUUUAAUAUUUUAAGCUCUGCGGAUUAUAAUCUAAUAAAAGAGAGAAAUGCCA